CAUCAUGUCCGAUGGCGAGGAGGGACCUACGACUCAAAUAUCAGACUUCGAGACGCAAUUUGAGCCGCAGGAGGGCGACUCAGACGCUCUAUGGGAAGUUAUUGAGAUCACGGGCGAGAAGAAGAAAAAGUAUCGUGUCAAAUGGGCGGGUACCAAUCCGAAAACCGGUAAGGCGUGGCCACAGAGUUGGGUGGACAAGCACGAUUGUACGGAUGACUUGGUUGAGGACUGGAAGUUGAAGAAGGCGAGGAAGAAGAGAGAGGAGGAGGAGGAGGAGGAGAAGAAGAAGAAGAGGCGAAAUGGGAACGCCAACGGGAAACAAGUCAACGGGCGGUCGUCCACAAUUUCAAGGGCAUCAAAGCGGGGGUCAACUGUGUCGACAACUACGAAGAGGAUUGCACGGUCAUCUCAUACCGGGUCCCUACCUCUGGAAGACCAUCCCGUCUCGCGUGACGGUAAACGAGCUCGCACUGCAAGUAGAAGCCCUACAAAGAACUCUAAGAACAGGGCGCAGGAUGAUGAUUCGGAUGACUACGAAGCACCUCGACCACGGAAGAAGCGGAGGGUUCAUGACGACAAAGACUCUGCAGGAGAAGAACCGCCGAGUAAAAAGAAGAGUAAUAUCAAAGCUGUCCCUAAGCAUGAAGACGAGGAGCAUUGGAUGACGGACUACUCUAACGAGCCAACGAAAACCGCCCCUCGGAAAAGUAAAGCGAAGGAGAAAGCGCAGCCUGUCGUCUCCGUAGAUAUUCCGGUAUCAACGAAGGUAGGUCCCCCGAGAGGGGCAAAGAAGCAACUCCCCCAGAAGACGAAAGUCCUACCUUCAAACAGUGUCUCUCUACCCUUCGACAUCCCAGCGGUCGAGAAAGUAGGUCCACCCCGCGGUGUUAAGAAGAAGUCAGCUGAGAGAACGAAGAUCGUGCCUUCGAAGCCGGUGCCCUCGACACAGCGCGCGGAACAUGCUUCAAAUGAUCUGUCUCAAACUCAGUCAGACGAUGGGCAUCCUAAUCCGAGCACUCCGAAGAAAAGAGCGCUGCCUGCUUCAUUUACUACUAUGGAAAAGGGUAAGGCCAAGGCCAAAGACAUUGACCGAAUCGCUCUGCGGGAAGAGGAGGAAGAAGAGAGCCAGAUAAUAAACCAGGCCGAUCUUCCGCAGACUCCUCGCAAGUCAUCACCUCCCCGCGCAGGCCCAUCUCGACUCGUACCACCCGGCAUCGAUCUCGCCCCGAUCGAAGACGACCUCGCCUAUGAUUUUGAGCAGCAAGACCCGUUAGAUUUCCUGGACAACGAAGAUGCCGCCGAGCCUCCCCAUUGGAAGCCUCCAAGCAGCAAGGGGCCGCGCGAGUCCCUAGUACUAGUUCCGGAAACACAACCUACGCCGAAUAAGCUCGCUGGAAGCACUUCGGCCAAGGUCAUUCAACAAAGCCCUGUCAGGUCCCGCAUGAAAGCGUCGCGGGUUUAUGGGCAUGGCUUACCUGUCUCAGCCACGACAUCCCCCAGAGCGAGUAAGAAGACCCCCGGCACACGUCCGCUCAGACCUAUCCCAGCGAUGACGCCGUCUCAUUUCAAGCCCUUCUUGUCGCAGGAUGACGCAGAGGAGACAAUCGACCAAUUCAGCUCACCGGAGAAGGGCCGGAGCAGUGAAGCAAUAUCGAGCCAGCGCACGGUGGAGCUGCGCAAGUCUCUGUUUAUAUCACAGGAGUUGAGCGGUAAUCCCACCAGGAAGAGACGGCUGAGCGAUAUCAUCGCGAGCAGUAGCAGACGUGUGCCUGAAGCACUGCCGGAAGUGGACCAGACUGCUCUACUUGAGGAGAUGGAAAACGCAUAUGUGGAUUAUUCGAGCGGUGUUGUGGCCAACGCGGAUUCGCCUGAUCUAGCGGACGACGGUUCCAUGCUGGAGACGCAUGAUCUCGGAGCAAAGAAGGAUGAAGGGAACGGCCCAGGAGUAUCUCCUGCUCCGGAAGAAGUCCCUCCGACUCUAAGCACUAAUGGCCCGUCUUCCGCGUUUAACAGUCAAGAAGUUCCUCCUGAUCGUGAUCUUCGAGAACAGUUAGAGAACGCUGUGGAACUGCUGAACAAGAAGUCACGGGAGAUCACUCGGCUAGAGAGUGAGCUCGUUGCUGCGAAGCGCGAGGCCGAAUCGCUGAAGAAAGAAGAGAGCCAAAAGAUCGAGGCGGCCAAGAGACAGUUGACUGAAGAGCAUGCAGAUCUGCUUGAGAGAUGGCGGUCAGAAGCUGAUGAGAAGGACAGGGAGACCAGGCAGAAGGAAGAGGCGUGGCGGAAGCGGGAAGCUGAAUGGGAGGCUAUGGCAGAGAAGGAGGCGAAGUGGGCGGACGCCAAACGAGACCUGGAGAGUCAGAGGGACUUGUUCAGGGAACAGUACGGGAAGGCAUCGGACUUCGCGAGUUCCAUGCAAACGGAGAAUAAUGAGCUCCAGGCGCGCGUUCAGGUGCUGGAGUCACAGCUCGAAGCCGGCCUCAACGCGGUGCGGUCGACAUAUCAGGUGCGGAUAGAUAAGCUCCAAGCGGAACUGCACAAAUACGACACGCGAGUUCGGUUCUUGGAGGAGACACAGAAGAGGAUGCUGUCGAGCGAGGUCACCAAGAAGGCAGCGGAAUGGGAGGAGAGGGGCGUGGAGACCGAGAAGCUGUUGGCGAAGUGCAGGGUCUUGGAGAGGGAGAACGACCAGCUGUCGUCGGACGCCGCGUUGUACAAGCGCGAGACGGAGCUCCUCCAAGAGAAAAUGGCGAACAUGGCAGCGGAACUGACUGCCGCGUCAGCGGAGACUCAGGAGAAGGCUGCCGAGGAGGAAUGGGACGAAGAUGAGGACGGCGACUGGGUCCCGGAUAAUACCGAUGGUAGCGAGAGCGAGGGGAGCGAGGAGGAAGAGAACGACCAGGAGGACAAUGGGGACGUCCAAGAGGAGCUGCAGGAGAAUGAGACAAAUGUCAGUGCCUCAGAUGAAGACCUGGUCUAUAUGUGUAAGUGGGCUGUCGACGGUGUUGCGCAACGAUGUAACGCGCUCGUGACGACCCAAGAGGAAUUGCGGCAGCACUUUGCAUCUGCUGGACACUGGGGAACGGUAUCCGGAUGAACAUUGUUAUUAUUUCUUGAUUUUAUUCGCUAUUCGGGAUCAAUCACGUUACCAGUAUCGGAUGUAUACAUAGUCACAGUCUGAGUAACAUAGGGUCGACGUGUUAUGUCCGUUGAAUGUUGGCUUUAAUGGCCUUGAUGCGUUCACACAUUCGUAGUAUAUGAUAUUACAUUGCAAGUCAGGCUGGGAUACAUUGUCAAUAAUCGC